GGUGCUUUGGAAAAUAUCUCUGAGGCCUGUCCUGACAUACAAAAGGCUGCCACCGACUUUCUGAUCGUUCUCAAUCGCAUCGCUGAAGUCAAAGGUGCAAAGAAGGAGUUGGAGGUCGCCGUCAAUAUGCUUGCCGGUUUGAUCCAGAUCCUCGAGCCCCACAACAGCAAGAGCACGCAUUCGAAUGAAACCGGUAGAUUGAUUGAUCAGGUUGACGAGAAAUUUUCUGUUGCAAUCAAGGCUCAGGGUGAAGAAAUCGGCCGCCUCCUGGAUGAUGGCGUCACAGGACUUGUCAUUGAGGCUGACAACGAUGUUCAGACGAUUGCGCAGGCCCUUGGCCACCUUUCGGAACUCUUAGAUGUACUCACGUCGAAUGUGGCGAUGGACGGCACGCACGUGCUCGAGAGGCUUCAUAUCGGCAUAGGCCAGCACAAUGAUGGCGCCUCUCCUUCGCCCUCGGCACCUUCUGCGAACCCAUAUCUGCAACUCCUGCCAUCGGACGUACGACCUCACUCGGGCUCUGAGUCCCGAAACAUCCCCGCUCGCCCGAAGGCUCUCGAUGAAGGGCUCUCGGCAUUGAAGGCUAUCUUGAGUACGGUGAAGGAGUUCUCAGACGCGUUCCCGCCAUUGAAGACGGCUACCAGCGGCUUGCUGGCAGUUCUUGAACUCAUUGAUAAGGUCCAUGGUGCGAAAGAGGAGCUUGAGGAUGCCGCAGAUAUGCUCAACUUAGUGCUCAAGAUCGUCAAGGACCACAGGAGCAAGAGCUUGGGCUCGCAUGAGAAGCUUAGCUCGCCGGACCAUCGUAUCGACCAAAUAUCUGCCACGAUCGAGACUCAGGACGCCGAAAUCCGCCGUCUACUCCAGCGUGGCAUUACAAAGCGUAUCAUUGACGCUGAAAGCGAUGUUCAGACAAUCGCGCGGGCCCUUCGCACGAUCUCCAACACCAUAGACGUACUUACAUUGGAUGUCGUCAUGAACAACAGACGCGUGCUAGAGAGUAUUCAAAGCGGUGUGGAAGGGCUUGCUGAUGACGCCGACUUCAGCAAAUACCAAGGUAUCCCUAAUGUCGACGCGUGCCUUCCUGGCACCCGAGUCGAAAUUCUUCAGGAUCUCCUCGCUUGGGCGAGGUCACGCGAUGCCUCGCACGUCUUGUGGCUCAGCGGUGGUGCCGGAACUGGGAAGAGCACCAUCGCUGCAUCUAUUGUGCGACUGCUGCACCGUCACGAUCUUCUAGGCGGCCACUUCUUCUGCUCACGAGACCAAAAGCGAGAGGACGUGAAGUCGAUUAUCCCUUCACUUGCGGGAUAUCUCGCAUCUGUGCGGCCUGCGUAUGCCCAGGAAAGACGAAACUCUGCUAAGGCAGAACUCGUACUUGAUAUCCGCGAUCAAUUCAUGACACUCCUAUCGGAGCCGAUCAAAGCUGCUCUCAAUGGCGUGUCCGCACCGAUGCUGAUCUUUGUUGUCGACGCUUUGGACGAGUGCUCUGACACGAAAGCAACACAGAAUAUACUACGUCUGCUCCUUCAGCAUGCUCCUAAUCUUCCAGUAAAAUUUCUUGUCACGAGCAGGCCCGAGCGCCACAUACGAAAUACACUUUCCAUCGAGUACCCCAAAACUCUUCGUCUGCAAGACGUUGAUGAGAACAGUAUACAUAAGGACAUCGAGCUCUAUCUCCGCACCGAGUUGAGCGCCCUCGCCGCUCACAACGAUCUAGAGCGAGGCUCUCUUGUCGAAUGGCCCUCGGACACUCAGGUCCAAAUACUCACGCGUCACGCAGACGGAUUGUUUAUCUUUGCAUCCACUGCUCUCAAGUAUAUCUCUGACAACGAUCCCCAAGGACGGCUUCACGAACUCACAGAUCCUGCCCUACCCAGCUCCCCGUUCGCGAUUCGGCCGAUAGACAAUAUGUACACAUUCAUCCUUGAACGUGCACUCUCCGUGCUCAAUACAUCCCCUAAGUCAUCUGAGCGCUCGGAUUUCUUGCGAUGUCUUUCGGCUGUGAUUUGUGUGGCUGAAACCUUGUCCGUCCAUUCAAUGGCCAAUUUGCUGCGUAUAAAUCCACGGCGGGUCCGUGUAGCGGUCGGAAACAUUCACUCCUUGGUGUCCGUUCCUCGCGAUGAGCGCGGCUUCUUGACAACAUACCACGCAUCGUUCGGAGACUACCUCACCGACCGGGAAAGAUCAGGAAGACAUCCGUGGUUCGUUAAUGUUGUGGAGACCCACCUCGAUCUUGCUCAUGGCUGUCUUGACAUAAUGUCCUCGCAACUAUAUUUUGAUGUUGCCAGAGUCCAGACCUCAUCGGCUCCAAACACACAUCAAACACUGAGGGCAAUUCCAGAUGAUGUUUCCUAUGCUUGCCGUUUUUGGAAUGAGCAUGCCAUUGCCUCAGAGCAAGGAUAUGAUUCAAAGUUGUGGCCUUGCUUGGAGAGUGUUCUGAAGUCUAAGUUCUUGUACUGGGUCGAGGUUCUGAGUGCAUUGGGCCUUGUUGCUGGUAGUCCUGCUAGAAUUCAAAAGCUAAUCUUACGGGUGAAGGUGAGCUCAAUAUUCAUUAUGCAGUUUGAGACGGAUGCAAGGGCCUUUUUGAUGGACUUCAAUGAGCCAAUAAGCCGAUGCCUUGCACACAUUUACAUCUCUGCUCUGCCUUUCUCACCCUCACAUUCCCAAAUCACACAGCUGUAUCGGAAGCACUUCCCAAACACACUCCUAUGUUGUGCUGAACUACUUGAGAGUAGGAAGAGAAAGCAUAUGAUCUUGCAUAUACCAAACCCUGUGCUAUCUGUUGCUUUCUCGCCUGAUGGCACAAAGAUUGUCUCUGGCUCCAUCGAGCACACACUCCGGAUGUGGGAUGUUGAGAGUGGUGAGGAGGUGUCAAAGCCAUUUGAAGGACACACUGACUCUAUUUGUUCUGUUGCAUUUUCGCCUGAUGGCACAAAGAUUGUCUCUGGCUCCACUGACCGCACAAUCCGGGUGUGGGAUGUCGAGAGCGGCAAGGAGGUGUCGAAGCCAUUUGAAGGACACAUCGACAAUGUCUGGUCCGUUGCAUUUUCGCCUGAUGGCACAAAGAUUGUCUCUGGCUCCUCUGACCGCACGAUCCGGAUGUGGGAUGUUGAGAGUGGUGAGGAGGUGUCGAAGCCUUUCAAAGGACACACCGAGUCUGUCAGCUCCGUCGCAUUUUCGCCCGAUGGCACAAAGAUUGUCUCUGGCUCCUUUGACCAAACGAUCCGGAUGUGGGAUGUUGAGAAUGGCGAGGAGGUGUUGAAGCCAUUCAAAGGACACACUGACUCUAUUUGUUCCGUUGCAUUUUCGCCUGAUGGCACAAAAAUCGUCUCUGGCUCCUAUGACCACACGAUCCGGGUGUGGGAUGUUGAGAGUGGCAAGGAGGUGUUGAAGCCGUUUGAAGGACACACUGACUCUAUUUGUUCCGUUGCAUUUUGGCCUGAUGGCACAAAGAUUGUCUCUGGCUCCUCUGACCGCACGAUCCGGAUGUGGGAUGUUGAGAGCGGCGAGGAGGUGUCGAAGCCAUUUGAAGGACACACCUCCAUCGUGAACUCUGUCACAUUUUCGCCUGAUGGCACAAAGAUUGUCUCUGGCUCCUCUGACUGCACUGUCCGGGUGUGGGAUGUUGAGAGUGGCAAGGAGGUGUUGAAGCCAUUUGAAGGACACACCGAGUCUGUUAGGUCCGUCGCAUUUUCGCCCGAUGGCACAAAUAUUGUCUCUGGCUCCUAUGACCACACGAUCCGGGUGUGGGAUGUUGAGAGCGGCAAGGAGGUGUCGAAGCCAUUCAAUGGACACACCUCCAUCGUGAACUCUGUCGCAUUUUCGCCCGACGGCACAAAGAUUGCCUCUGGCUCCUUUGAUCGCACGAUCCGGGUGUGGGAUGUUGAGAGCGGCAAGGAGGUGUCGAAGCCAUUUGAAGGACCCACCAACUAUGUCACCACCUCAGCAUUUUUGCCCGAUGGCAUGAAGGUUGUCUCAGGCUCCAAAGACGGUGGAAUUGAAGCUCAGGGUAGUAGUUCAAAGGUAUGUCUGUGCUUUAGGUGGCCCUGUGUUCUUCUCAUGCACUUUUCCAAUAUAUUUAUCAAUAGCUCUGAUGUUUAUAUCUACAGAUUGCAGACCCGAGUCAUUUGA